AGCGACAGGCGCUUGUGAAAGGGGCCUCAUGUCCUUCUGGUUUCUUCACCUUGGCGCGUUUUGAAACACAGCCAGCGGUGUAUAGAACCAAAAAUCAAACAAUCCGGAUUCAGUCCUUAUCUCGCUUUAGUCAGUCGUAUCUCAAGAGGUCUCAUUGAUUUAGGACCCUGGACUAUUUAAACCCAAAAUAUGUUGUGUACAGAAACACGAUCUACAAUAAUUCCGACUUAAAUCAGGUAUCCACCUUUGAAGGCAGUGUCAGAUUCUGCCGGAGACCAGCGACCUGAACAACAGGCCAAGAAACUGCCGCGAAUCUUUAAACGGCAGAAUAUCUGUGCACUAUGGAUCACAAUAAAAAUGACGACAAGAAAAUUCAUAAAGUAGUGGCCAAGGAAGUGAAAAUCUGUGCGCAAUGCGGCAAAACAAUCGAGGAGAAGUUUUUGCUGCGAGCUUUGGACCAGUUUUGGCACGAACAGUGUUUGAAGUGUUCCUACUGCAACAUAAAGCUGGCGGACUUGGGUUUCAAGUUUUACCUCAAAGAAGACUUAACACUUUGUAAACGAGACUACAUCAGGUUAUUUGGUGCCACUGGACAAUGCGCACACUGCUCCAAAACAAUAUUACCGCUGGAAAUGGUGAUGCGGGCCCGCGAGCACACGUAUCACCUUGAUUGCUUUGCGUGUCACAUCUGCCAAUACAGAUUCUGCGUCGGCGAUAAGUUUUUCCUCCACUUUCACGUAGUGCUUUGCGAGGCUGAUUACUAUGACAUCACAAGCGUAUUCAACGACAUGGCUUAUAUUAUCGUGUGAUCCAUUACCUUUUGGAAGAGAGGCUUUUUUCAGAACCUGAACGAGAAAGAACGCUGGAAAAUUGAUUUAUGAAAGCCUCUUGACUUUCGUUUGAACCAUAACUCUGCAACAGCUAGUUUCUAUAUGGAAAAUUAAGGAGACUGGUAGUUUGUGAGGCAAAAAUAAAUAAACCUCAAACCUGCAUUUUUUACAGAAAAGUUAUUGCGAAGUUAUGAUAAGUGUUUGAAAACAGCCACAUCAUCUUGCUCAUUCCUCUUAUGUGUGUUUGCUAUAAAAUGC